AUGGCAACGCUUAAAAAACAACUUAUUACAUUCGAACAGAAUGUCGGUAGUGUGUGGCAAACAAUUAGAGCAAUGAUGAUUAGAAUUGAUCAAAAAUUUGCUUCUUAUUUAGCUGAUACGUGUUUACAUUUAGAGGACUUGUCUCUAGCUGAAGUUUUUCUAGAACACCAUCGAGUAUUUUCAAUCUUACAUAAAUUAUGUUCGUGUUUAAUUGGUCGUUUUGAUAAAUUGAAAGAUUCUGAAUAUGAUCUCCUGUGUCUGAUUGCACUGUUAGAUAUCAAAAUUCUGAACAACGAGUGUAUUACAAACCGAGAACUACUUUAUGAUACUCUCUAUAUGGACUUCAAUUUGGGAUAUAGUGACCUUAUCAUUCUGUUCGAAUGUUCAAGUAUCAAGUCAAAAAACUUAGCUUACUUAUGGCUUGAAGUGCUGAGAUACAUUCAGUAUCGAAUUGGUAGUGAGAAAUCAAAUGCAUGGGAAGUACGGUCAGAUUUCAAGAAGCUAUCCGUCUAUAUUACUGAACAACUGAAAGAGUGUGUCUUCGAGGAUGACGCAAGACGUUACGGUUCUUUUCUAUUUUAUAUAGCACAUUCGCCUUAUGACAGGACAACUCCAGUUGACGAAACAGUUCUAACUCAUUGUCGUCAGUUUAUUUGUUCCAAAAUGAAAGAUAUUGAUCAACUGUCCUUCGACGUUUUACGAUGUUUCAUUGGAGGUUUGUGCUUUCUAAACAACAGCUCCACUAGUAAGAAUUUGAGAAAUUACGAUGAAGAAUAUCACUUAUUACUUUUAUCAAUUUCACAGAAAGAAAAGUAUCAACAACAACUGCUUUCAAAGAAGCUAAAUGAUGAAAUCUUGUUACUUCAUAGUAUUGUCAAAUAUUUUGCGAAAACAUAUACUUAUCAUAAAGAAGCCAAAGCACUACUUUUAACUAAAGCAGAAGAACUUCUUGUUUUGCUUAAAAUUACUACGCACCAACCAACUAAAUACCAUCUUUGUUAUUUACUUUUAAUGGUAGUUAAUGAAAAAACUUCUGCUGAUGUGGUGACACUAUGUUUUGAAUUUAUUGAAAGUAUGACAGCAACAGUAAAUAACAAGGAAAAUGGAUAUGCCAUAAAAACGUCUAAACUUCUUAAUGAACUGAGUGCGGCAUGUCAGCGUUGUGAAUCAGUCAAAGUUACAGUACUUAAACUUAAGAAAAUCGAUGUUAUAUUAAGGUUAAUGGAAAAGAUUGAAAACCACUUUCACGGUAAGGCCGCUGGUCCAACUUCUCAAGAUCUUUACGAUGCUUGCAAACAAAAUGAUAGUUCCACUGUUCAAAAAUUUCUUCCACUAAUGACAAUCGAAAGUAUAGAUCGACCAGUGACAGGUGGAAGUACAUCCCUGCAUGUAGCAGCAUACUAUGGACAUAAUGACCUUGUCAAGUUACUUCUCGCUUCUGGUGCAUCAGCUACACAACGUAAUAUCGCACAUGGUUUAACCCCUUAUGAAGAAGCUCGAACAGAAAGUACAAAAGCGUUAUUUCGCUCGGAAAAUCAGACUUACCGUCUUACAGCUAGCGAUGAUAUUCACAUUGAAUGGUCUUCGAUUUUUCACGACACAUUAGAGAAAGCAACGUAUAUCCGACAGAAACUCUUACAGUUUUCGUCUGUUUACGAUCAGAGCAGAUAUGGACCUAGAUUUGAACUACAAGCACUAGUGACAGGAAUACACACUUACAUUGAUACUUUACCUCUACUUAAGCGUGAACCAGAAAUCGUGAAAAAUUUCUUUACCAAGUUUUUCGAAACAAAUGAUCCAACGUUUAUUCUAAAAGCAUAUACAAGCCCAAACACUAGCUUUUAUAAAUAUUUAAAUCAACACAUUGCAAUGUAUGCUGUUGACUUUUUCGAUUUUUCAACUGUUGAUCUCAGUGUUGAUUACAGAAUCGUAAGGGUCAUCCUCGAUAUCAUAGCCAUUAUUAUGCACGGCAAAGAAUUUCACAGAUUUCGAUUUACAAACCAAGAAACUUAUCGUGGCAUGUUAAUGACCGAAGAAGAUUUGUAUAAAUACAUUGUUGGUUCAACAAUAAUGAACAAAUCAUUUUUAUCAACCACAUUACGAAGAGAAACUGCUGAGACGUGGAGUGGUGGUGACUUAGAAAGUUUCUUAAGGAAAACACCCGAUCAUAAACCCAUUCAUAUUGCAACUCUGUGUACGUAUAUAGUGAAGAAUUUGGAAACAGCUUUGGACAUACACACUUUGUCAGAAGCGUCUGCAGACGAUGAGCAAGAAGUACUGAUUUUACCAUUCUCAGUAUUUGAAGUGAAGAAUGUUAUACGAAAAGCGCCGAACAAGGUUGAAAUCGUAUUGGAAGAAUAUGUGAGAGAUCAGACAUUCUUGAAUCUAAGCUUAUAG